AUGUUUUCUCCCUUCCUCUCGCUCGGCGCUGGCUCGCUGAUGCUGUCUCUGUUGGCGUCGCCCGUCACGGCCAACCAGUCGAGCGCCAACGCCUAUCAGCUGAUGGAGCGCUGGCAGGCUAAGAACUUCCUGGAAUACUUCAAUUUCCACGUUGGACAAGAUCCGACCAAUGGCUAUGUCAACUAUCUGGACCAGGCCAGCGCGCAGGCGGCCGGUUUGGUCAAAGUCACCGACCGCGGCACGCUGUAUCUAGGUGUCGACCACACCACCAAGCUCAGCCCGGGUGGGCCAGGCCGCAAUUCCGUGCGCAUCGGAACCAAGAAGUAUUAUGACCAAAGUCUGAUCAUUGCCGACAUCGCGCACAUGCCAGGAAGCAUCUGCGGGAGCUGGCCUGCGUUCUGGUCCGUGGGCAAGGAGUGGCCGCAGGAUGGCGAGAUAGAUAUCAUUGAGGGCGUGAAUCUGCAGGAACACAAUGAGAUCGUCAUGCACACAGGUGGUACCUGCAGUCUGACUGACCAGGGCAUGACCGGUGUGGUCAAUGCCACGGGCUGUGGAGAGGAGCUGGGUCCCGUAGGCUGCGUCGUCGAAGGCGACAAGGGCAGCUAUGGCACCUCGUUCAAUCGACAGGGAGGUGGUGUGUACGCCAUGGAGUGGACCAACGAGUUUCUGAAGAUUUGGUUCUUCCCUCGACGCUCUAUCCCGUCCUCCAUCUCCAACGGACACCCCGAUGUCACUGAGUUCGGCACCCCGAUGGCGCUGGUGCAGGAGGGGUGCGACGUGGCUAAUAGCUUCAAGUCCCAGUCGUUCGUGUUUGAUGUCACCUUCUGUGGUGACUGGGCUGGCGGCGUGUUUGGAGAGUCGGGCUGCCCUAUGUCCAGUUCGGAUCCCGUGCAGAGCUGCAUCAACUAUGUCGCUCAGAACCCAUCCGCCUUUGAGCAGUCGUACUGGGAGAUCAAUUCUAUCCAGAUCUACCAGACCGGUGUGAAUGGCCUGGCUUCGAACUCUAAGAUAACCCAUGCUCCGGCCACAAUUCGCACGACGGCCGAAACUUCUGUUGUGGAAACCCACUCUGUUGUUUCUGCCCAUGAGGGGGCCACGACUGUGCACUCGGCAAUUACUACUUCUUCAAUUGUGUCCGAACCGAAGUUGGCAACAGCUGUGCACCCCGAGACCGUUGAGAAGGCUCCGGCUACUACCGAUGCCAAAAAAGCACCUGCUACCUUGUACGUGACGAACUUUGUGACUUCGACCGAGACUGUUUGCACCGACACUGUCACCGCGAAAAUCGUCCCUUCCGCCACCGCGACUGCGGCUGAGAUUGUCAAUCGUCCGACUAAUGGUAAGGACUUGAAAUCGGCGGGCUCUGGGAUUGCGGCCACGCGUGUCGAGACCAUCGUUGAGCCACAGAACACCGCCAGCCAUGGUACCAAGGGCAAUCCUGCAAAUGUGGUUACUAAAGCCCAUGGCGUUAGUGCAGAGAGCGCAGCUUCAAACGCUGCACCCAACAAUCAUUUCGCACCUGCAAAAGACUCAGUUGAUUCUGCUACAUCACACAAGCCGACCGAGAUUGAGAAUGUAUCUUCUGCAAACCGUGCCCCCGGCCUCCUAUCGUCUGUACUAUCUUCGCGCAAUUCGAUGCCUCUCAUCCCUCAUCCUAACACUGCCACACAUACUCCCAGUUCUUCUCCGGUCGCUCUAUUUACCGGCGCUGCUCACAAGGCGACUGGAAAUGCCCUUGGGGCUGUCAUUGCCUUUGUUCUCACCCUUUUGGUCUGA